AUGAAUCAUUUCGGCUUCUCUGGGACAAAACGGAAGGCAUGUGUUCGAUGUGCCAAAGCCAAAGCGAAAUGUUCCUUCAGUGGUGGACAGGAAGUCUGUGACCGCUGCCGGAGGCUGAGGCGGGACUGUCUCCAUGAAGAUGGCCCCCGACGGCCGAAGGAGAGGCAAGCCACGAGGAUCAAAGCACUUGAAGAAAAGGUCAACAGUCUCCUCACCUUGCUCACUCCAGACAAGAAUGUCGUUGUCGUUGGUGGCACGAAUGCUACGAUCUUAACCACGACGCCAGCACCGACAGAGGAAGAGAGCAGUGACCAUGUGCAGAGCAUCCAGUCUUCGGCCCCGUCCUCCACAGAAGAGGGCAGACAAUUCGAUGUGAUCGACAGUGGCAUCCUGACCAUGUCAGUCGCCGACACCCUCCUCCAAACUUACAAGCGAGUUCACACGAAAGUUUUCCCUUUCGUCGUUGUCGCACCAGAGACCGAUGCUGCUACACUGCGAAGGGACAAGCCGGUCCUCUUCCUGGCCAUAGUGACGGCGUGUUUCGAAGCAGAGCACAUGGUUCAGAGACGACUCGGGGCCGAGUUGAAGAAGAUCAUCUCUGAACGCGUGCUGGUCAGGAACGAGAGGAGCCUCGAAAUCUUACAGGCGCUGCUUGUGCACCUGAGCUGGAUCCAUUACCACUUCAAUCCCCUGGCGAAAAACUCCUUUAUGCUUCUCCAGAUGGCGAUCGCCCUGGUCAUGGACCUUGACCUUGACCGGUGCCCUGCGCACCGUGAUCAGAGGAUCGGAAGUAUCUUCUGUAAGCUGAAUGCGGAGGGCAACUUGCCGACACAGUGUCAGAGGUCGACAGCCGAAACCCGUGCCCUUCUGGGCUGCUUCUACCUCUGCUCUUCCAUGGCGAUGACGCGCAAAGAGCUGCUCAUGAGGCAUACCAACUGGAUUGAACACUGCUGCCACGUCCUUCAAGCCGAGCAGGAGUGCCCCACAGACGUAUAUGCCACGGCGUUCGUCGAAGCCAAACACUUGGCGCAACGCAUCGGCGAGAGAUUUUCGUACAGCGAACAUGCCUCGAUUCGAUUCCAGAGCGACGCGGUGGUCCAGAUGUCCUUGAAUGGCUUCCGGAAGGAGGUCGCCGACCUGGAAGCGAGGCCUGGCUUCUCAUCCAUACAAGACAAUUAUUUGCUCAUGGCCGAACUGAAAGUCCUGCCCAUCAUCAUGCACGAGGUGGCGCUGUACCGCGACCUGAGCACGACGGCGCACUCGACGACGGCCAACACGGCCUCGCAGCUGUGGGAGCUGCUGACCGCGACGCGGGCCUUCCUGGAAGAUUUCCUGAGCGUGCCGGGGCCCGCGCUGCGCCACCUGCCGGCGGCCUUCUUCAGCUUCUCGGCGUACGCGCUGAUCGUGCUGUCGACGGUGGCGCGCCUGCCCUCGACGAGCGGGUGGGACGGGGCGAUCGCCAAGCGCGAGGCGGACGUGCUCGACAUGGCGCAGCGCGCCAAGGUCAAGUUCGGCGACGAGCUCACCCGGACCGGCGACCGCGUGCCCACCGACCAGAAAGACGUCUGGGCCUACUUCACGCGCGGCAUGGCGGGCCUGAUGGCCUGGCACGAGCGGUGUGAGAAAGAAAGUGAAGGCGCGGCGGCAACAGCAGCAGCGGGAGGAGAAGCACGCGGAGAGCCCGACUACGAGCUCCCAAUCAGCCAGUCGGGUCAGCCCUUGACCUCGAGGUGCGCCAUGGCCGACGUGAUGACGCCGUUCAACGACCUGCGAGUCCGUAAGCGCGUUGAGCCCGGGCCGGUAGGACAGCAGCAGCAGCAGCGGCCCCCGCAGGUUGAUCCAGGGGGAACUGCACUCGGUGGCGGCGGCGCUGAGGGGCAGCCCACAGACAUGGUUAGCGGUUUUUGGGACGACGAGGUGUGGCAGUCCAUCAUGGACGAGUUCUCCAUGUUCCCCACGACGGCAGGCUUUCCCGCCGGAUCGAGCGCGCAGUAUCAGGGAGAACGAUUCCGGCAGUGA